CCCAUCCAUCUUAUCCAGUCAGCACUAAACGAGAACGAAACAGAGCUGAACACAGUAAAGCCAGAGCGAGAGAGAAAAGAACCGAGGAGAAAUGGCGGUUGUUUGUGCUUCCUCUUCAGUCGGUUUCGCGACGUCUUCAUCUUCUUCUUGUUCAACAAAAUCAUUUUUUUUCUUAAACAAAACCAGUGCCGUUGCAGGCAGGAGGAGCCCGUUUCUUGGGUUCUCAGUAGCGUUUUCAAAACCAAAGGUACCUACCACGUUUUCUGCUGAUAACCGGAAGAGUUUUCUGAUUAAGUGCCAGGAUCAGGAUCUCUCUCUGGUGCCGGAAAACCAGCGGUGGAUGUUCGAAGAGGAUGAAGCUGAUGGUCCGGACAUCUGGAAUAACACGUGGUAUCCGAAGGCUGCAGAUCAUGUGAACACAGAUAAACCAUGGUACGUUGUUGAUGCGACGGACAAAAUUCUGGGAAGACUGGCUUCUACAAUUGCCAUACAUAUCCGAGGAAAAAAUUUGCCCACCUAUACUCCUAGUGUGGACAUGGGGGCUUUUGUAAUUGUGGUGAAUGCUGAAAAGGUUGCUGUAUCGGGGAAGAAGAGGACCCAAAAGCUCUACAGGAGGCAUUCAGGAAGACCAGGUGGUAUGAAGGUGGAAACAUUUAACCAGCUACAGCAGAGAAUUCCAGAAAGAAUUAUUGAGCAUGCUGUACGUGGCAUGCUUCCUAAAGGGAGGCUUGGUAGGGCACUUUUCAACCACCUAAAGGUUUACAAAGGCCCAGACCAUCCACAUGAAGCACAGAAGCCUAUUGAACUGCCCAUAAGGGACAAGAGGAUACAGAAGCAGAGAUAGAUAUGCAGCAGAACUGGCUAGAGGGACACCAAAAAAUCCGCAUUUCGCCAGAUAGUUCCAGUACUCAUAUGGUUUUGGUCCUGUUGGGUCUGAAUAUGACGUUUUAGCUCUUAAUUGGAAGAGCUUGCUGCUCAUGUAUUUGCAUUUUUUUGUAGAUGUGCUCAAAAUCUAUCUGCCAUCCAGGUCCUUCAGAUGGAUUGGAGUCGGAAAUUUGUCUUAUAGGUGUAAGUUGUUUAAAGGAUAAUAACUCUUGUUGAAUACGAAACUAAGAACAAUUUAAUUUAUUUACCUUAGAGGAAGGACAAGAUCUAGUUACAUUUUUCAACCCAGUCAAAGCUGCAAUCUUUGUAUCAAAAAGCAGUGUCAAUUGUUGGAUUUC